AUGACGCUCACGCCGAACGAGAAGACGCUGGACCCCCCCGAGGGGUUCACCGUCCUUCAGGAGGGCAAGGCGCGCAUCCUGCAGAGGGAGAACGACGUCUUCUACAACAAGGCGCAGGUGGUGAACCGCGACCUCUCGCUCAGCGUCAUGCGACAGUUCCAAAAGGUUCGAGCCAAGGAGCACGCGGAGACCAAGCGCGCGCCGAAGAACAGGCGCCUCAAGGGCGACAUGUGCCACGACGAGCCCGAGACGGGGGACGACGACAAGAAAGAACCUCGCGGCAAAAAAGACGGAGAGGCCGAGGCGGGGGGGGACGACGAAACGCCCCGGGAGAAGCCGCCGCUCAAACCCGUCCGCAUCCUCGAGGGCAUGGCCGCCUCGGGCCUCCGCGCCAUCAGGUACGCGAGGGAGCUCGACGACGUCGGGUGCGUGGUGGCGAACGACCUGGACCCGACCGCCAUCGCGUCAAUCGCGAGAAACGUGGAAUUCAACGCGGCGCACUCGGCGGAGGCGGCGAACCGAGUGCGCGUGGUGGUGCCGAGCGCCGGGGACGUGCGGAUGCUGAUGAUGCAGCACGAGAAAAUGUUCGAUGCCGUGGACCUGGACCCUUACGGAACCCCCUCCACGUUACUCGACGGCGCGGUGCAGACCGUGGCGGAUGGCGGGUUGCUCCUCGUCACCGCCACCGACAUGGCGGUGCUCUGCGGGAACAACGGCGAGGUGUGCUGGACCAAGUACGGCGCCUACCCGCACCGCGCCAAGUACUGCCACGAGCAGGCGGUUCGUAUCCUGCUCGGGUCCAUCGACGCCGCGGCGGGCAAGUACAAGCGACACAUCGUGCCGGUGAUGUCCGUCUCUGUCGAUUUUUACAUUCGCUGCUUCGUGCGAGUGUACACCUCGGCGCAGCAGGCCAAGCUGGCUCCCACGAAGGUGUCGUACGUGUACCAGUGCGUCGGAUGCGACACGUUCGAGUGCCAACCCGUGGGUAAGGCGGUCACGAAGGGCAACAGCACCAAGUUCCAGGCGGGUUCCGGCCCGGUGGUCCCGAGGGAGUGCCCCAACUGCGGGUGGCACUACAACAUGGGCGGUCCGUUUUGGACCGAGCCCAUCCACGACAUGGAGUGGGUCGACGCGAUCAAGAAGCAGGUGGAGGAGAACAAGGCGAUGUACCCCGGGUACGACAAGAUCCACGCGCUGCUCACCACGGUCAGCGAGGAGCUUCCCGACGUCCCGCUGCACUACGACAUUCACAGCAUGUCGCACUGCCUUCGGGUCACGCCGCCGCCGAUGGCGCUCUUUCGCUCAGCCGUCAUCAACGCGGGCUACCGCGUGUCCCCGGCGCACUGCAACCCGCUCGCGGUGAAGACGGACGCGCCCGCGAAGGUGCUGUGGGACAUCCUGCGGUGCUGGGUGAAGGAGCACCCGGUGAAGCCCAUCCCGGAGAAGACCCCGGGCGUGGUCAUCUUGUCCAAGGAACCCGAGCUCGUCGCCAACUGGACCAGGGUGCACGGGGCUUUCACCAAGGCUCAGCGCGAGGGCGUGACGAGGUUCCCGUCGAACCCCGAGGAGAACUGGGGUCCAAAGAUGCGAGCGGGUCGGCCCGUGCCGGGCGGGGGUUUGGAGAAGCAGGGGAUGACGAAGAAGCAGCGAACAGAGGCGAGCAAGUGA